CUGACUGGCAUAACAUCGGGGCAGCAUGAAACAUAUCUUGUAAGGAGAGGAGGAAACUGUGACAAACGCAGCUCUGUGAGGCUGCUAAAGAAAGCAGAUUCCUCACCAGCUGGAUCCGCACAGAUGGACAGCAAGUCGAGAGUGAAAGCUCAGCUGAGGAGAUGGAAGGAGGAAGAGAGGCAAAGAUUCUUUCGUCUUACUCGUGCGAUUCUGCUGAACUGGAGGAUCCUCCUGCUCUUCUGUGGGCAUUUUACAGUCCAAGCAGCAAAAUGCCCACAGGAGUGUUUCUGUGUCCAGCUCACGGUGACCUGUGUCAACAAGAACCUGACCCAGGUUCCUCCUGCUGUUGAUGAGAGAACAGUCAAACUGGACCUUCAAGGUAAUGACUUACAGGAACUUCCCACUGGGGCUUUCAUGCACACCCCCUACCUGACUCACCUGUCGCUGCAGCGCUGUAACAUCCACAAGGUGAAGGAGGGGGCGUUCCGUGGCCUCGGUCGCCUGGUCUUCCUCAACCUUACCAACAACAACAUUGACAUCCUCCACCAGGAGUCAUUUGAUGGUUUGUUCUUGCUAAAGCGGCUUAUUAUUGACCGUAAUCGUGUGAAAGAGAUCCAGCCUGGAGCGUUCUCUCAGCUGGGCUCCCUCAACCUGCUCUCCCUCUCACACAAUCAGCUGGUUUACAUCCCUAAUAUGGCAUUCCAGGGCCUGCAGAGUAUCAAGAGGAUUCGUCUUAGUUACAACUUUCUAAUCUACCUGGACACUGAAGCCUUUGUCGAACUGGUUAACCUAAAACGUCUGAACCUGUCCAGGAAUCCAAUCCUCUGCAUCUGUUACCUGCGUCCACUAAGAGAGUGGGCUAUCCGUAACGAAGUGAACCUGAUGGGGACUUGUGGAGGGCCAUCCCAUCUUUCAGGUGAGAGCCUGGACGCUGUCCACCCUUCUGACCUGAGAUGCCAGAGUGAGGAAGAGGAAGCAGCAGGGAUCACACCACGACCCACUGAAGAACCAAACAAGGUCAAGUGUCCUGCCAACUGUGUCUGUGAGGGCCUGCAGAGUAUCAAGAGGCUUCGUCUUAGUUCCAACUUUCUAAUCUACCUGGACACUGAAGCCUUUGUCGAACUGCUUAACCUAAAACGUCUGAACCUGUCCAGGAAUCCAAUCCUCUGCAUCUGUUACCUGCGUCCACUAAGAGAGUGGGCUAUCCAUAACAAAGUGAAGCUGAUGGGGACUUGUGGAGGGCCAUCCCAUCCUUCAGGUGAGAGCCUGGACGCUGUCCACCCUUCUGACCUGAGAUGCCAGAGUGAGGAAGAGGAAACAGCAGGGAUCACACCACGACCCACUGAAGAACCAAACAAGGUCAAGUGUCCUGCCAACUGUGUCUGUGAGGGCCUGCAGAGUAUCAAGAGGCUUCGUCUUAGUUACAACUUUCUAAUCUACCUGGACACUGAAGCCUUUGUCGAACUGCUUAACCUAAAACGUCUGAACCUGUCCAGGAAUCCAAUCCUCUGCAUCUGUUGCCUGCGUCCACUAAGAGAGUGGGCUAUCCAUAACAAAGUGAAGCUGGUGGGGACUUGUGGAGGGCCAUCCCAUCUUUCGGGUGAGAGCCUGGACGCUGUCCACCCUCCUAAGCUGAGAUGCCAGAGUACGGAAGAGGAAGCAGCCAGGAUCACACCAUGACCCACUGAAGAACCGAACAAGGUCAAGUGUCCUGCCAGCUGUGUCCGUGAGGUGGAUGGAGAAAGUUAACCUGAAGGUGCGAGCCACCUGUGCCAAAUGAAGAGUAUUUCCUUCUGUAUAGUAUUGUUUAUUUUAUUUUUAAGUAAUAUUUUGAGUUGUAUUGUAUGCAGCGUUUUACUUUUCAAACCAUUUAUUUGUGCAAAUGAGUUUGUAAAUUAGAUAAAUAAUGUUAUUCCUGUUUCUUUGUUUAGAUUGUAUCGUUUGGUCUAACCUAUUUCUUAAUGGUAGCGACUAAUGAGGUGCAUGUGUGUGUAAAAUUCUGUACAAAACAAGUAAGAUUUUGACAACCGGGGUUGUUUUAAAAUGGUACCGGAUGGUGCUAGAA